AUGGGGUCUAUCCAGGAGGGGCCUCCCCUCGAGGGCCUGCCCCCAGCAGGAGGCCGCCGGUGGCCACCAGCGGGGAGGGUGCUGCUGACACUCCUGCUCCUGGGGCUGUUGCUCAGCUUCUCUGUGCUUCUGGGCUACAUCUUCGGGAACUGCGGCCCACGCCCCUGUACCUCCCCCGUGUGUCUGGACCUGGCGGCUCACUACCUAGCCUGGGGGAACAGCAGCGUGGCCCCCUGCCACGACUUCUCCAGCUUUGCUUGUGGGAAGGCGGCGAGGGGGAUCAUCCAUUCUUUUCAGGCUCUGGAGGAAGAAAACAAGGGUCGACUCCGGAGAAUUCUAGAGGCCCCAGCCUCCUGGCCCCCCGGCUCCGGAGAGGAGAAGGCUGUCCACUUCUACAACUCCUGCAUGGACACUGCUGCCAUUGAAGCUGCGGGGGCCGGUCCCCUCAGGCAAGUUAUAGAGCAGCUUGGAGGCUGGCAGGUUUCUGGGAACUGGACCGCCUUUGACUUCAACAGGACGCUGGCGCUUCUGAUGGGUCAGUAUGACUACUUCCCCUUCUUCAGAGCCUACCUGCAGCCCCAUCCCACCUCUUCGCAGCCGCCCGUCAUCCAGAUAGGUCAGCCUGAGUUUGACGUCCCCCUCAAGCAAGAGAAGGAGCAGAAGAUCUAUGCUCAAAUGGUGAGGGAGUACCUGGCCUACCUGAACCAGCUGGGAGCCCUGCUGGGAGGGGCCCCUGCCAAGGUGCAGGAGCACGCCGGCCUGUCCAUCUCCAUCACUUCUCAGCUGUGCCAGUUCCUGCGGCCCCCGGAGCAGCAGCGGGCCCAGGUGGUCACUAUUGCCCAGCUACAGGAGAUGGCCCCUGCCAUUGACUGGCUGUCCUGCUUGCAAGCGGCAUUCACGCCCAUGAGCCUGAACCCCUCGCAGCCCGUCACAGUCCAUGACCUGGAGUACCUGAGGAACAUGUCGCACCUGUUACGGAUGCAGCGGAGGGAAUUCCUACAGAGCCACAUGAUCCUGGGGCUGGUGGGCUCCCUCUCCCCCGCCCUGGACAGCAAGUUCCAGAAGGCCCGCCGGGAGCUGAGUCAGAAGCUCUGGGUGCUGAUGGAGCGCCCACCCGUGCCCCAGCGGCCCCGGUGGAUGAAGUGCGUAGACGAAACGGGAGCCUUCUUCGAGCCUACCUUGGCAGCCUUAUUCAUCCGGGAUGCCUUCGGCCCACGCGUCCAGAGAGCUGCCAUGGACCUGUUCGCCAGCAUCAAAGACUCCCUCCUAGCCCGCCUCCACAGGGUCUACUGGAUGAAUGAGGAAGUACGUAGGGAAGCCCAGGACCAGGUCACCCGGCUGCAGGUGAAGAUGGGCGCCCCAGAGUGGAUGCUGGAGCCUGAGCUGGCCACACAGGGGUACCCUGAGGUACAGGUGGGGGGCAGCUUCCUGCUGCGGUUCCUGAGCUGUGUCCGUGCCCUCCGAGCCAGGAAGAUCAGGGGCUUCCUGCAGCCCUCCCCCCAUCCCAGCUGGCGUGUGUACCCCUGGGGCGUCAACACUUACUACUCCCUGACCCACCACACAGUGAUCUUCCCCGCGGGGCUUCUGCAGCCACCACUUUUCCACCCUGGCUACCCCAGGGCCGUCAACUUCGGAGCCGCUGGCACCAUCAUGGCGCAUGAAAUGCUACACACCUUCUACCAGCUCCUGCUCCCUGGGGGCUGCACAGCCUGUGACACCCCUGCCCUGGAGAAGGCACUGCUGUGUCUGGAGCGCCACUACGCCGCCAUCCCCCUGCCCAGGGGGGUCUCCUUCAACCACCUGCGAGUCCACGGACCACUCAGCAACACUCGGGCCUUUGCCAGGCACUUCAGCUGUCCCUGGGGGGCCCCCAUGAACCCCUCCAGCCGCUGCCAGCUCUGGUAACCUGGCUGCCUGAGACCCUCCCUAGGGACACCUCUG